AUGGAUGCCCCCUGCACAGGGCAGGCAUGCCGUCACCCCUUGGAUAGAGCCCUUCAUGUGCCAAGACGGACGUCAACCUCCAAUGUAAGUGACAGUCUCCCAGUCACUUUCUUCCUGACUGGGAUCCCAGGGCUGGAGUUUGCCCACCCCUGGAUUGCCAUCCCUUUCUGUGUCAUGUAUCUGGUAGCACUGCUUGGUAAUGCUGCCCUCAUCUUUGUCAUUGGGACAGAGAGUGCGCUUCAUGCACCCAUGUACCUCUUCCUCUGCCUUCUCUCACUCACUGACCUCGCUCUCAGCUCUACCACUGUACCUAAAAUGCUGGCCAUUCUGUGGCUCCAUGCUAAUGAGAUUUCCUUUGGCGGAUGCCUAACCCAGAUGUUUUGUGUCCACGCCAUCUAUGCUCUAGAGUCCUCAGUUCUCCUUGCCAUGUCCUUUGAUCGAUAUGUGGCUAUCUGUAACCCUCUAAGAUAUACAACCAUUCUCAAUCAUACUGUCAUAGGCCAAAUUGUCUUUGCUGGGAUAGUCCGCAGUGUAGUUAUUGUGUCCCCCUUUAUCUUUUUGCUGAAGCGACUGCCCUACUGUGGUCACCAUGUCAUGGCUCACACAUACUGUGAACAUAUGGGUGUUGCUAGGCUUGCCUGUGCCAACAUCACUGUCAACAUUGUCUACGGGCUGACUGUGGCUCUGCUGGCCAUGGGCCUGGACUCAGUUCUCAUUGCCGUCUCCUAUGGUUUCAUCCUCCGGGCUGUCUUUCGUCUUCCAUCCCGUGAUGCUCAACGCAAGGCUCUGAGUACCUGUGGCUCUCACUUUGGUGUCAUUCUGGUUUUCUAUAUACCUGCCUUCUUCUCCUUCCUCACCCACCGCUUUGGUCACAACCAAGUUCCCAAGCAUGUACACAUCUUCCUGGCUAACCUCUAUGUGCUGGUGCCUCCCGUGCUCAAUCCCAUUAUCUACGGAGCAAGAACCAAGGAGAUCCGGAGUCGAUUUCUGUCAAGUUUGACGUGGAACAGCAAAUGGCGCCCAGGCUCCAUGCCCCUGACAUAACAGCGCCAUGGUGCGCGCUACAUCUCCGCGCGCUACAUCUCCGCGCUCUACAAUAUACUUUUGUUGUAUGAUAAGGCCUCUCUUGGGUAUAUUCCCAAGAGUGGUAUUGCUGGGUCCAUGGGUAGGUUGAUCCCGAAUUUCCUGAGAAACCUCCACACUGCUUUCCAAAGUGGUUGCACGAGUUUGCAUUCCCACCAGCAAUGGAUGAGUGUACCCCUUUCUCCACAACCUCUCCAGCAAAGGAUAUCAUUGGUGUUUUUGAUUUUCGCCAUUCUGACAGGUAUAAGAUGGUAUCUUAAAGUUGUCUUGAUUUGCAUUUCCCUGAUCGCUAAGGAAGUUGAGCAUGACCUUAGGUGUCUUUUGGCCAUUUGAACUUCUUCUGUUGAGAGAUCUCUGUUCAGCUCGGUGCCCCAUUUUAUAAUUGAGUUGAUUAGUCUUUUACGGUCUAGUUUCUUGAGUUCUUUAUAUAUUUUGGAGAUCAGACCUUUGUCAGUUGAAGGGUCGGUGAAGAUCUUCUCCC